AUAUUAUGAUGUACAGAUGUAGAUAUAAAGUAUUUUCAUGUAUACUUGCUGUAAGUUUUUGAAUAUAUUAAAUGGAUUGAUCUCCAUGCAUAUAUAUAAUAAUUACUUUGAAUAUCUCUAAUUUUACUAAAAGGAACCACCUUAAUAUACCUAUGUACACGAUUUCAUGCAUGCCCAGGACAGCUGUUCGCACUUCGAAAACAGCUGUGAUAAAAAUUUUCAAACUAGUUUUUUUCGUGUAGUGGUUCCUCGUUUUUUUAAUUUCAUAAUAAAUAAUCCUUAAAUCGAUUACAAAAAUGUUGCGAAACUUAACAAGAAUUUACCGUCUGUCAGAACGUCAAUACACUACUAAAACAAAACGAAGCGUUUUAAUGCAAGAUAAAUCAAAGGUUUUGACUUAUACUCCCAAAGUGUCAGAUCCAAAACAGCGUCGAGUUUAUGCUUGGGGGUUUCAGGAGACAGGUGCUCUGGGGCUACAAACUAACAUUCGAAAAGCCAAAGAGCGCUACACAGAAAUAGUCCACCAUCCAACGCGAAUGCAGUUUUCAGUUAACACAGAUGUCAUAGACAUUGCGGCCGGCUAUGGGUUCUCUGCUUUUGCAGUUCAACGAUCCGAUGGUCAGACUGUCUUUGGCUCUGGACUAAAUACUGAUUCACAGUUGGGAUUUCAAGUUAAGGGCAGCCUAAAAGAUACAUCUAAAUUAGAUGUAAUAAUCUACCCAAGCGCCAUAAAUCUUCCUAGGCUAGAAAAUGAAACUGACCCAGAUAUGCAAGUGCGUUGCAUGGCCGCUGGACGUGCACACUUGGUCGUAGUUACACAAAAUGGAACCAUUUUUACUAUGGGCAACAAUUCAUAUGGUCAGUGCGGACGAGCUAUAAUUGAAAAUGAGGACUAUCGUGGUAGUGCGGUUAUACACCGGCUAUCUGAAAAUGAAAUUUGUAUGCCAAAUGAUGAAAUUAUCUCUGUGGAAUGUGGUCAAGAUCACACUAUGUUCCUAACUAAACUGGGUUGUGUAUACACUUGUGGUUGGGGUGCAGAUGGUCAAACGGGAAAAGGACAUUAUGAUACGAGUAGUGAAAUUGAAUUAGCCAAAGGUGAAAUUAUUGAUCAACGCAUAACAAAGUUGGCAUGCGCAUCCGAUUGUGUUUUAGCUUUAAACGAUAAAGGAGAAGUAUUUGGCUGGGGAAAUUCUGAAUACGGGCAACUAGAUAGUAGUGAAAAUGCCGAUACCCAAGUCAAUACACCACGCGCAUUAUCCUUAACUAAAGGCAUUGGCAAGAUUAAAGAUAUAGCUUCAGGCGGAUCGUUUUGCAUGCUAUUAAAUGAGGAUGGACUUGUAUAUACUUGGGGUUACGGUAUACUAGGCUUUGGUCCUUAUGUGGAGCAAACUUCGAAACCACAACAAUUAUUGCCACCUUUGUUCGGUCGCAAUGACUUCAGUGACAAAACGCAUGUGACGUCUAUUGGGUGUGGCGUUUUUCAUAUGGGUGCGAUAAACUCUGAUGGGGAUCUCUUUAUGUGGGGCAAGAAUCGUUUCGGCCAUCUAGGCUUAGGCCAUAAAAAAGAUCAAUUUUUCCCCUUUAAGGCAGCAGUGAACGGCAAAGUAAUAAAAGUUGCUUUUGGAGUGGAUCACACAUUGGCGCUGUGCCAACCUUUUAUAUAAAUAUAUUUAAUGUUUGUAAGGCUGAAUACAUAUAUAAUAAUUUAAUAUUAAGUAGUUUUAAGUAAACUGAGUAAAAUAAAUAAAUUAAAAAAAAAACAUUUAAUCCAUUAGGUUCUUUACUUAAAAAGUUUUCAAGGCAUAAUUGGUAUUAUGACUUCUCCGAAAACACCAAAAUAAUUACGCACACGCAGGAAUACAGUAGAAGUAGUGGCUGCCGGAAAGUGAUUGCAUAUGUACUGAUCAUGUGUAAGGGCCCCAAAAAAAUACGCAUGGUUUUUGCUUUGAAUACUUCAGCAUCAAUUCCAUCUGACAUUACUAAGUACCAGUAGGUAUGUGUAAGGCGUGACAGCCGGCGAAUAUAACUUAGCUCAACCUCAUUACGCUCAUCACAACUACGAUGAGAAAUUUGAGUGCAACUAUCCGUAAAUUUAUAAAAUAUUAAUAAAAACUCAAAAAUUAUGACUGAAGGGGAUUUUCCUU